UGUCUGGCGACUACCAUCGAAGCUCCAACUCCUCUCUCUCUCUCUCUCUCUCUCUCUCUCUCUAUAUAUAUAUAUAUACAUACACACACAGACCUAUAUACACUCGAUUACACACUUCUCGAUCGGCGGAAACCCCUAAAUUCUACAAAAUCUCCUACAACAAUGUCGCAAUCCCUCAAUUUCUUCAUUUCUUCAUCCCCAAACUCCACCAUUACAAAGCAAUCUUACUCAAAACCCUACGCACAAGCAUUCAAUCCCAAAUUUCCCUUCAAAUCCGCGCGUAAAUCGAUCACAGCCUCGUGUUCCGAUCUCGAUUCAUCUCCUCCAUCGCCAAUCCUCGUCUCCGACAACGGCAACGGAGGAGGAGUAACAGAGCUCAGUUCGAGCUCGAUCGAAGUCGAUACGGUGACGGAGACUGAGAUGAAGGAGAACGGGUUUCGAAGUACCAGGCGGACGAAACUCGUGUGCACCAUCGGCCCCGCCACGUGCGGGUUCCAGCAGCUGGAGGCUUUGGCUGUUGGGGGAAUGAAUGUGGCACGUAUCAACAUGUGUCACGGGACACGUGACUGGCACAAGAGGGUGAUUGAGAUGGUGAGGAGGUUGAAUGAAGAAAAGGGAUAUGCUGUUGCAAUCAUGAUGGACACUGAAGGGAGUGAGAUUCACAUGGGGGACCUUUGCGGGGCUCCAUCUGCAAAAGCUGAGGAUGGUGAGAUAUGGACUUUCAGUGUUCGUGCUCUUGAUUCAACUCGCCCAGAACGGACUAUUACUGUGAACUAUGAUGGCUUUGCCGAAGAUGUACAAGUGGGUGAUGAACUCCUAGUGGAUGGUGGAAUGGUGAGGUUUGAGGUGAUUGAGAAGUUUGGCCCAGAUGUCAAGUGCAAGUGUACUGAUCCUGGACUUUUGCUCCCUAGGGCUAAUCUGACUUUUUGGCGGGAUGGAAGCUUGGUGCGGGAACGUAAUGCCAUGCUUCCUACUAUUUCUCCCAAGGAUUGGUUAGACAUUGAUUUUGGGGUCGCUGAGGGCGUAGAUUUUAUUGCAAUAUCAUUUGUCAAGUCAGCUGAAGUGAUUAAUCAGCUUAAAAGCUAUAUUAAGGCGCGGUCUCGUGAUGGUGAUGUUGCUGUUAUUGCAAAGAUAGAGAGUAUUGACUCGUUGAAGAAUUUAGAGGAGAUCAUUCGAGCAUCAGAUGGAGUUAUGGUUGCAAGAGGGGAUCUGGGUGCUCAGAUUCCACUGGAACAAGUCCCAUCAGCCCAGCAAAAGAUUGUUCACCUGUGCAGGCAGUUACAUAAGCCUGUUAUUGUUGCCUCUCAACUGCUUGAAUCUAUGAUUGAAUACCCCACGCCCACCAGGGCUGAGGUGGCUGAUGUUUCUGAAGCAGUUAGGCAACGAGCAGAUGCUUUAAUGCUCUCUGGUGAGUCAGCCAUGGGCCAGUUCCCCGAGAAGGCACUGACAGUUUUGAGAAGUGUUAGUUUGAGAAUUGAGAGAUGGUGGAGAGAAGAGAAACGUCACGAAGCUAUGGAACUAGAAGAUAUAACAUCUUCUUUCGCAGACAGUAUUUCCGAGGAGAUCUGCAAUUCUGCUGCCAACAUGGCUAACAAUUUGGAGGUGGACGCACUCUUUGUUUACACAAAGACAGGACAUAUGGCAUCUCUCCUCUCUCGUUGCCGACCUGAUUGCCCAAUUUUUGCAUUUACAACCACCACAUCUGUUCGGAGGCGUCUGAACCUGCAGUGGGGUCUUAUACCCUUCCGCCUGAGCUUCUCUGAUGAUAUGGAAAGCAACCUCAAUAAAACCUUCUCUCUGCUCAAGGCCAGGGGAAUGAUCAAAUCAGGUGACCUCGUCAUUGCUGUCUCUGAUAUGUUGCAAUCCAUUCAAGUUAUGAACGUCCCGUAACAACAUAGAUUAUGUUCCGGUUCCGGUUCCCUGUUCCAAGCCUUGUUUGGCCCAGAUAAAACUGUUUUUUUCUACUACUAUUAGUUCAACUAUUUAUUAGUCCAUGCUUAGAAGAGUGAAAAAGAUAGUAAUCUUGAAUCAUCCCUGUUGUUCUUGACUUCAAUAGUUGGUUCUUGUUAGGGAAACAGUUGCAAAGUGUAGUCCUAGACAUACAAACUGUGAUUUUCUUGGUUUUGUUACCACUUUUCCAAAUGUUGCUUAUGUACUGUAGAUAUUUUAAUUCGUUUUAGAAAGUCACUCUUAUUUACAAAGA